UUUGAUAAACCAAAGAAGAAAGAACGAAAAAUUUCUAGUAGUAUAAAAAUGAGAGGUUAAAUAAAUAUGGAUCAUUUUGACAUAGUAUGUGAUGGAGGUAACGGUUCCACAGAUGGUACAUUUUGCCUUAUUAAAUAAAAACCUACACAAUAAUGGAAGAAAAUAAAAAGAUUGGCUUCCGAUGGGAUUUCUCAUGAAUGAAGAAGUUGAGGAGAAAACUGGUGAAAAAUGGAAGUGUUCCAAAGAGGAAAUGCGUUCAUUUCUGCUGUCGAACGAUAGCCAAAGGCACGAAGCAUUAGACCAAGAGAGAAAACUCCCAGACGACAAACCGGAAUGGUACGACGAAGAACUUCUUAAAAGUGGGCAACAGUUUUCGCAGAAAUUUUUCAUGCCGAUCUGCAUGUCCCAGAUCGUUGGACUUUUGACAUUGCUCUCUUUUAAAAACAGCAUCAAGCCUCUGGUUUACACACGAAAAUCCGACUCGUUGUAUACGGCCAAAGAGAGGUAUCUAUCGACGGUUUUAAUAGUGAAUUCGUGGUACGAGUCCGAUCUGUGGGACAAGAAUAGUCAAGGUAAUAAAAACCUCCAAAAAGUGCGGAACUACCAUUUAAGCGUUAGCAAAAAGAUCAACUCCCUAUCGGACGCCGAAUUAAACAAUAAAUGCUCCCUUUCUAGCACAAUAGGCCGGGAGAAUAUCAAGUGCCAUCUUUUUGAAAAAGUGGCCAAAGAUUUAAAAGGGUUGGGCGGGGAAGAGAUAAGGAGAUACAACCAUCGCACGGUUUAUUUUAACCAGGCGGAGAUGUCGCUCACGCUUUUCGGUUUCAUGGGUUUGGUGGUCGCUUGUCCGGAAAAAUUCGGCGUUCCCGAUAAUGAGGAAGGUCUCGCUGGUUUCGUCCAUUUAUGGAGGGUCGUAGGAUACAUGCUGGGCGUAAGAGACGAAAAUAACUUUUGCAAAGGAUCUUUGGCCGAUGUGAAAGAGAAUUGUAUUAAAUUGAUCAAAUACGUUUUUAGGCCGAACAUGGAAAAUAUAAACGACGAAUGGGAACAUAUGUCGAGGUGCGCGGUCGACGGGCUAAAAAUGGAACUGGGCGGUUACCAAUUCGAAGUUAUCUUCCUUUGUUUAUUAUGGGUUUAUGAUUUAGACCUAACCAACAUAUUAAAAAAUGUAAGUUGGGUUUGUAGAAUUAAAUUUUACAUGUAUAAAUUUGUAAUAGCUUACUUGUACAAAUUUCAUUUAAUUAAAAGCGCAAUUAAUUUUUCAUUAAAAACCACUUUACGGCAUGCUUUGAAAAAAAGAAAUAAAAACGUAUAAACAAC